UCUGGGGAGGGGGGGCGGGCAGGUGCUGGGCUGGGGCCCCGCAGGGCUGGCUCAGGGGACGCAGUGAUGUCAACGGCCGCCCCACCCCGCCAGCCGCGUUAUGUAAUGGCUUCCCCGGGCCUCCUUGGGCAGGGACCUGUUGCCCUGUAAAGAAGGCAGGACCUGGGCGUGUGUGCAGGCGUGCGCACGCGUGCGUGUGUGUGUGUGUGUGUGUGUACACAGGCGCGCGGCGCACCGGGGUGGGAGGAGCGAGCUGAGACUGUUUGGGUUAGAACUCCCAGGCCUGUCCAGCCAGCAUCUCGGGCCAGCGUGCCCCACCCCUGCCCACACGCCUGUCAUCUGUGCACUUACCCCCCACACCCCAGGGCAGCAAUAGCCUUGGCACAUCCAGGUGUCCGGGGCUGGGCUGAAGUUGGGGGUGUGGACCUGAGAUAGCACUGGCAGUGGUCUGUCCCCUCCUGGUGCUGGCCAGUAGCUGAGACAGGGUCCAUGUGAGGGGCCCGCACCGCGGCCAAAGCAAACUCGAACUUUCCGGAUGGUUCCAGCUGCCUCCUGCCAAGGCCUGCUGACUGGAGGCCUGAGGCCUGCCUGAGGCCCGCCCACGGCCCAGUCCGCCCACAUCGCUUCGCCCAGGUGGGACGACCGACCGGGAGUGCGGAGGGGGUGGGAGGAGCACUGGACGCUGGACGGGGAGCCUCCGCUCUGAGGUGGCCCUCCCAGCUACUCUAGGACUGUCCCGGCACGCUAAGGUUGCUCUCUUGGGCUGGGGCCAGCUCCCUCCCCCCCACUGUCCAGCAGCGGCUCAGCAGGGACAGGCUUCUGGCAGCCAUCUCCCAACACACUUCCCCCAUUGUAAGCUGGGAAAUCGGAGACCUGGAAAGAGCAGGGGUUUGGCCUGGGUCCCCCCAGCACACAGUGAUGAGGACAGGGGGCGGCCUGGUCACUCUUGCGGUCUCCAUGUAAGAGGCCGGGACAGGCGUUUGAGGGCAACGAGGGGACCCAGGAGGCACCUCAGGGCCCCGCGCCGUCCCUCCGUGUCCCCUACAGAUGUCUGUCGGGCCUGGGGCUGAGGUCACUGGCCCAAGGUGAGGUGGCUGGCGGGUGACGGUGUUGGCUGCUGAGUGGGGGCCUCUUGUCUUAUCGCCCCUUCAUGGGGUUACCUGGAGCCCCUCCUUCCCGGUGCGAGGAGUAACCUGGCGCCUGGGGCGGAGUCUUACGGUGAGCUGAUUGCUGGCGCUCCAGCCUGCUGUCCGCCUGCCUCCCCACAGGGGCCGGAGCCCUCAGCGGGCCGGGCUGGGCCAGUGGACGAGCCCUGAGCAGGCUGGCAGGAGGUCUCCCUUCUCCCCGCUCCCCUGCCAGCCCGGGCCUCCUAGCAACUAUCUGCAGGGCGGGUGGGGAGGCUGCGGGGGCCCCUGCGUGUUCUGCAGCCGCUCCCGCUGACCUCCGCCUCCCCCCUCUGCUGCCGGCCUGGCUUCCGGGCGUCCUGUCUGUAGGAAUCUGGCCCAGCUCCGGGCCCCUCGGGGUCUCUCUAGGGCUUCCCUGGACUUUCUUCUCUGCAUGACCCACCAGCCAGAUAAUGGCCCCACUUGUCGGGAGGGCCAGUGGCCGGGCCCGGGUCACCCAGCAGCAGCAGUAGCGUGCAGCAGAGGCGCCCCCAUGCCCACCCGAGGCCCCAGCCGCCUAGACUGCUGGCGAGCGGGGAGCUGAGUUAGAGGCAGCUCCUGAGGGAACCUGGCUGUGCCUCAGCCUCCAAGGCCGCACACCUCAUGCCCGGGCUGUCUGUCCUCAGCCUGGACCGUGUGCUCUGCAGAGAGUGGUUCCAGCCGUCCUGUGGGGCAUACGGGACCAACCCCCAAGCGCCUUCCUUCCCCAGUCAUGGGGGCUGGUGGGCAGCCUCGAGUGGGCCUCUCUGUCACGGGGCCACUCUCGUGGCUGGGCGCGGGGGCCUGUGAGGGGCUCUGUCGGGGGGUGAAACAGGAUGGUGCCGGCUGUGGCCUGGGCAGGGCCAGGCUGAGGGUGGCCGGGGUUGACACUCUCUCCCGAGGCCUUGGAGGCCCAUUUUGUGAGCCUGCAGAGUCUGGGGGAGUGACCCUGUGGGACCGGUGACAGUGGAGCCACAGAGGGAGCAGUAUGUGGCCAGGAGGGCAGUGGCUGCCCGUUCAGCAGAGGGAAACUGAGACCGGAAAGACCAGGGCCUUGCGUGGGAGGCCGUGGGAAAGCGGCGGGGCCGCCCCUGCUGGGAAGCCCGCCUGGAAGCCGGUGACUCGGCCCCUCCCACGGACGGCCUUGCUGCCUUUGAUCCCGGGCAGCGCCAGGGGCCAGCCGGGCUACGGAGCUCGUCCCCAUUCUGCAGCGGUGAACAACCAAGGGGCAGAAUCCUUUCGAGCUGGCCUUCUCCUUAGACCAGACCCGUCACGGGGAGACCGAUUUCAGCCUGGAGUGCCCUGCCCGCCCUGUACAGAUAUGCCCGCGAGCCAGCCCAUCGACAUCCCGGACGCCAAGAAGAGGGGCAAGAAGAAGAAGCGGUGCCGGGCCACCGACAGCUUCUCGGGCAGGUUCGAGGACGUCUACCAGCUACAGGAGGACGUGCUCGGGGAGGGCGCCCACGCCCGAGUGCAGACCUGUGUCAACCUCAUCACUAACCAGGAGUACGCGGUCAAGAUCAUCGAGAAGCAGCCGGGCCACAUUCGGAGUCGGGUUUUCCGGGAGGUGGAGACACUGUACCAGUGCCAGGGACACAGGAAUGUUCUAGAGCUGAUAGAGUUCUUUGAGGAGGAGGAUCGCUUCUACCUGGUGUUUGAGAAGAUGCGGGGCGGCUCCAUCCUGAGCCACAUCCACAAGCGGCGGCACUUCAACGAGCUGGAGGCCAGCGUGGUGGUGCAGGACGUGGCCAGUGCCCUGGACUUCCUGCACAACAAAGGCAUCGCCCACCGGGACCUAAAGCCGGAAAACAUCCUGUGUGAGCACCCCAACCAGGUCUCCCCCGUCAAGAUCUGCGACUUCGACCUGGGCAGCGGCAUCAAACUCAACGGGGACUGCUCCCCCAUCUCCACUCCGGAGCUGCUCACCCCGUGCGGCUCGGCGGAGUACAUGGCCCCCGAGGUGGUGGAGGCCUUCAGUGAGGAAGCCAGCAUCUACGACAAGCGCUGCGACCUCUGGAGCCUGGGGGUCAUCCUCUACAUCCUGCUCAGCGGCUACCCGCCCUUCGUGGGCCACUGCGGCAGCGACUGCGGCUGGGACCGCGGCGAGGCCUGCCCAGCCUGCCAGAACAUGCUGUUUGAGAGCAUCCAGGAGGGCAAGUACGAGUUUCCCGAGAAGGACUGGGCCCACAUCUCCUUCGCUGCCAAAGACCUCAUCUCAAAGCUGCUUGUCCGCGACGCCAAGCAGAGGCUGAGCGCCGCCCAGGUUCUGCAGCACCCUUGGGUGCAGGGGUGCGCUCCGGAGAACACUCUGCCCACACCCAUGGUCCUGCAGAGGAACAGCUGUGCCAAAGAGCUCACCUCGUUCGCCGCGGAGGCCAUCGCAGUGAACCGGCAGCUGGCCCAGCGCGAGGAGGACGCGGCGGCGGCGGAGGAGGGCCAGGGCCCGCCGGUGCUCAUCCGCGCGGUCUCCCGCUGCCUGCAGCUGUCCCCGCCCGCGCAGAGCAAGCUGGCCCAGCGGCGGCAGCGCGCCAGCCUGUCCGCCGCGCCGGUGGUCCUGGUGGGAGACCACGCGUGACCCCUCGCCCCUGUACAUAGGUCACUCCCGCCCCUCCCCCCACCGCCCCAUCAAAUCUGAAGAGGUUUUUUAAGCUGUUUCCAGCCGGUGACCCGCAGGCUGCCCUCUCUGGCUGGGCUCCGAGGCACUGAGCUCAGCCGGGGGUCUUUUUAUGUGAGGUUUUUGCUGUUGGGUUUUUUUCUCCUUUUUUCUGCCCACCCCCAUGUCUCCCCCCCUUUAAAGGUGUUAAAAGCAAAGCAGGCGCCGGGGAGAGGAGAGGGGAGGCCGCGUGUGGCUGGGCUUGGGGGUCCCUGCUGCCCCGGCCCCGAGGCUCGCCCGUACUGUGAAAGGUCCCCGCCCGCCCGCCCUGCCACGACUCAGGAGAGGAGACGAUCAUCGUCUUCCAGAGCUGGGGGCCCAGGAACGCGCCCCUCCCCAGCCCGCACAGUAUUUCAGGGACGGGCCGCCCCACACCUCCCCCCAGUGACCCAGCAGCUCCUUACCCGUCACCCCAGAGACACCCUGGCGGCUGGGUGGGGCGGGGUUUCUCAGGUCUCCCUUGUGGCGGGAGGGGGCCUGGGUGCGGGCAGGUGGGCUCCACGGCUGCCCGCUGUACCCACCCCCUGCCUCGGACUGACAAUCGGGGCUCUCAAACCUUGACCUUAAGCUGCAGCCGACCCCGGGUGGGGGGAGCACCCGCUGCCCCCCCAGGAUGGCGGUGCCGGAGGAAGUGGGAGGGGCUGGACAGGCGCCCGUCAGCCAACGUGGGGGUUCCAGAGACCCCCACCCUGGGCACCCGAGUGCCCCUUCUCAGGGCUCAGUCUGACCGCGGCCAUGUCCCGCCCCUUGUCGCCCUUGGGGUCUGGUGUGGAAGCUCUAUCAGCCCCCUUCCUCCGCAGAGCCAGGGCCUGCCCAGGGGUCCUGCUGAAGCUCCUCCACCCCCAAGGGCAGCGUUUCGACCCGCCCACCUUCAGGAAAAUGGCCGCUGCUGCCGCGGCAUCCUCCGGGGCAUCCUCCGGGGCACCAGGAAUCACUGUGCCCGCCUCUGCCCACCUUGGCGCUGGGCUCACACGUCGGGUCUGGCAGGCCUGGGGAGACCGAUGCCCCUCCUCCUCCUCGGGAAACACUAUGCAAUACAGGCUCCCCUUCUCUACGCACACGCGCUGCUGCCCGCCGGGGAGGGCCCCCCGUGGUCCCUAGGCCCAGCAGCCUGGCCCGGCGUCUGGCCUGGUCUCCACAGCGGCCCAGGGCCUGGAAAGCCCUCCGGCUUCUAGUUUGUCCUGUUCUGUUAAUUUUUCAGACAUCAGUUGACUUCCUUCCCUGUUCUCGAAUACUUGAAUGUUGGGGGGUCUCGUGGGUGGGGGGGCCCAGAUGCCGUUUCUGUGGCAGUCUCCCGUGGCUGGUGGGGACUGCCGCCCCUCCAGCCCCCCCCGCCCACCCGGAUCUGUGGACUGGCCUUUCCAAAGACCUCGGGGCGUGGGAGGCCGCCCCACCCCGUUUCUUGCCCACCAGUGAUCCUACAUUUUGCAACUGGGGAUUCUGCCUUUUUGUAAAAAACAAACAGGCCCCCGCCCGCCACAGGCGCCUUGGCCGUUUUACUCUAGAAAGCCGAGCCACGAGGAGCUUUGUUCCUUCUUCCCAAAGGUGGGACAGCCACUUCUCUGCCUGCCACACGUCACAGGGACCGUGGGAGUUGAGGGGCUGUCAGAACCGUUACUGUGAAUGCGCCUGGCCCCCAGGCCGCCCCACGCUGGGGGAGGGGAACGGCCACGUUCAAUGUUAAGAUGUGUAAAAAAGACAAAAAAAAAGUUUUUUUAAAAGUGGGGGGAACACAUCCAAGCACUUUAAGCGCCGCACCAGGUGAACUGAUCCAGCUCAUCUUCCGGACACCGACUGUCAAUGCCGGAAUUUUGUAUUGUUUUGUAAGGAUUUAAUAAAAGUCAUAAAAACUUG